AUUGGGAGAGAGAGGGGACGGGAAGCGAGGGUCGCGCGCAGGGACUGAAGGGAGGAAAAAAACGGAUCGGGAGCGGAGCUCCGUGAUGUGUCUGGGGUGCUCCCGAACCCGACAAACCGCCGCGUAGAGCGGAUUAAAACGCACUCUUUUUGGCAGACUGAGCGCAAACAGCCGCUGUGGUGGGAGACUGAAGCCUGGAGAUCACCCCGGAGGAGGACCGAGCCGCCGAGCCGCGGCGGGGCUGGACGCGGAGCAGCAAUCCCGGAUGGCUAGGCGCGGCUGCCCCCGCUCUCUCCCUCCGUGACCCGGCGGAGACACUCACAGGACCGCCGCGGAGCUCCGUGUGAGGACAGUUACACCGCGUUUCCUCCGUUUACGGCCGUUAAGCCCUGGCCUGUUUCCGCGGAAACGGGAAUUUUGGGCUCGAACAUAAACAAACAACCGCUCGGGGUGGGAGAGCGUUCAUCAGGCAGCCUCGGAGGGGAGUCCGUGUGCGGUAAGAACUGCGUGUUUUCAGCCCGUUAUUGCGGGUGUUGCGAUGUUCUGACAUGGCCGUGGUAGAGUGAAGGAACCAGCGGCAUUAUGGGAUGUAGCAGGACUGUGCAGUGACCCCGCUCAUUGGAAGGAAACAUUGUGUGUGCGGGAGCGGGAACAGCCAGACCCAAACACACACACAAACACACACGCGCGCGCACGCACUCACACACACACGCAGACUGCCAUCCAUUCUGUUCACACACACACCUCAUCAGCCCGCAGCCAUGCCCGUCUUUAACGGCCUGUUGAAGGUUCGGGUGGUUGAAGCCGUGGACCUGAAGCCCACCCCGUGGGCAUUGCGUCACGCCGUGGGGAAGAGCGGCUCCUUCCUGUUGGACCCCUACCUGGCCUUGAACCUGGACCAGAUCCGCCUGGGCCAGACCGCCACAAGAACCAAGACCAACAACCCGGCCUGGCACCAGGAGUUCUGCACCGAGGUCCGAGAGGGACGCAGUCUGGAGCUGUCGGUGUUCCACGAUGCUCCCAUCGGGUAUGACGACUUCGUGGCCAACUGCACCAUCCAGCUGGAGGACCUGCUGCAGAACGGAACCAGGCACUUCGAAGACUGGAUCGACUUGGAGCCGGAGGGGAAGGUCUACGUGGUCAUUGAUCUGUCUGGAUCCACCACCGAGGCCUCAGGGACAAACGAGAAUGAGGAGAGGGUUUUCCGCGAGAGGAUCGGUCCACGCCGGCGACAAGGAGCCGUCCGAAGACGUGUCCACCAAGUCAACGGACACAAGUUCAUGGCCACCUACCUGAGACAACCGACCUACUGCUCACAUUGCAGAGAUUUUAUCUGGGGUGUGCUGGGGAAGCAGGGAUACCAGUGUCAGAUGUGUACCUGUGUCGUCCACAAGCGCUGCCAUAUGCUCAUCAUCACCAAGUGCGCUGGGAUGAAGAAGCAGGACGAGACAGCAGAGGAGGUGGGUUCAAAGGGGUUCAGCGUUAACAUUCCCCACAAGUUCAGUAUCCACAGCUACAAGGUGCCUACCUUCUGUGACCACUGUGGCUCUCUGCUGUGGGGCCUCAUGAGGCAGGGCCUUCAGUGUAAAGUGUGUAAGAUGAACGUGCACCGGCGCUGUGAGACCAAUGUAGCUCCUAACUGUGGGGUGGACGCCCGAGGAAUCGCCAAGGUGCUGGCUGACAUGGGAGUCACACCUGAAAAAAUCUCCAGCACAGCACAGCGCAGGAGGAAGGAGAGUUUAGACGCAGGGAGAUCUUCAGAACCAAAGUUGACCUCAGGGCAGGACGCUCCCCAGUCUCCGCCUGAGCUCUCUCAGACGGAGGACAACAGCUUCAGCCAGCCAGCUGUCCCCACCUCCCCCUCAGAGCAAGACUUGGCAGAGCUAACGCGCCUGCAGGAAUCGUUGUCGCUCGACGAGCAAAGACCCCAACACGCAUCUUCCUCCCCCUCCAACUCCUCUUCCUCGUCCUCCUCCUCGGCGGCCAGGGAGAACGGACAGACCCAGAGGAGGACUCUGGAGGACUUUAACUUUAUCAAAGUCCUCGGCAAAGGCAGCUUUGGCAAGGUGAUGCUGGGGGAGCUGAAGGGGACAGACGAGGUUUAUGCCGUUAAAGUUUUGAAGAAAGAUGUGAUCCUUCAGGACGAUGACGUAGACUGCACCAUGACAGAAAAGCGCAUCCUGGCCCUCGCCCGCCACCACCCCUACCUCACCCAGCUCUACUGCUGCUUCCAGACACGGGAUCGUUUAUUCUUUGUGAUGGAGUAUGUGAACGGAGGAGACCUGAUGUUCCAGAUUCAGAGAUCCAGGAAGUUCGAUGAGCCUCGCUCUCGUUUUUACGCCGCCGAAGUCACGUCUGCUCUAAUGUUUCUACAUAGGAAUGGAGUCAUAUAUCGGGACCUGAAGUUGGAUAACAUCCUCCUAGAUGCAGAGGGACACUGCAAGCUAGCAGACUUCGGUAUGUGCAAGGAGGGCAUCCUCAACGGAGUGACCACCACCACCUUCUGCGGCACACCUGACUACAUUGCUCCUGAGAUCCUCCAGGAACUCGAGUACGGAGCCUCUGUGGACUGGUGGGCUCUGGGGGUUCUGAUGUACGAGAUGAUGGCCGGCCAGCCGCCGUUCGAGGCCGACAACGAAGACGACCUGUUUGAAUCGAUUCUCCAUGACGACGUCCUCUAUCCCGUAUGGCUCAGCAAGGAGGCCGUGUCCAUCCUCAGAUCGUUCAUGACAAAGAACCCGGCCAAGCGUCUGGGCUGUGUGCUGACCCAGGGCUGUGAGGAGGCCAUCAAGGCCCACUCCUUCUUCAGGGAAAUCGACUGGGUUCUACUGGAGCAGAGAAAAGUGAAACCGCCGUUCAAACCCCGGAUUAAAACCAAGCGAGAUGUGAAUAACUUCGACCAGGACUUCACCAAGGAGGACCCGGUUCUGACGCCGACCAACGAGGCCAUCAUCCAACAGAUCAACCAGGACGAGUUCAAGAACUUCUCCUACUGCGCCCCCGACCUAACACAGAAUCAGACCUAACACACACACACACACACACAUACCGGUCAGACAACAGUAACGCCUGGCGUGCUCACACUCAGCAGAACCAGAAUACGCACUCUCUCACUCAUUCGCACGGUCAAUCUUUUCCUUUUAAAGCUCUUGGUUGUUGUUACUUUUCUGAAGCAUUAUUUACUUGCAUUGUGUCGUUCUUGUUGCCUGAACGUUUUAUGAUGAAUAUGACUAUGACAAUAAAUAUGAACACGCACACCGCUCUCACACAAAUGUACUCUGUUUAGACACACUCACACUGCUUCUCUCACCAGCACCAGCUCUCUCUGUCUCUCACAUACUUACACACACACACACACACACACGGAGCGGCGGUGCGAAGGCUUGUACAUAGCCUGUGUCGAGUGGCUGUAUCGUGUCUGUAUCGUCUGCUAUUAAAGGGGGCGUCGUUGCGCAUGGACAAGCACCCUUCCUGUGUUAUUACUGUCCUUAUCGUGGACCAGUUAGGGCCAAACACCCUUUUGUGCAAUACCAUAACUAUCUAUAUAUUUUAUUGUUUGUUUUUUUUUUCUUUAAAAAUGUUUUGUUCUGUUGGAUUUUGGGUGAAAUUGCUUUGACUAUCACACUCUCUGUCCUCCUGUCCUACGUACGGCGCCUUGCAGAAUCAUUCGUACCCUUUUUUUUUCCUAACUUAUUCACAUUAAUUUUCAGGUGACAACCAUAAAUAUUGUAAAUCAAUGUAAAUUGGAAGGAGAAUGACAAAUAGCACAUUUGCACAUUUAGAGGCUGACAAUUUCCCUCGUUUUUCUUCGCAGAAUUGCUCAAGCUAAUUCCUUCAAGUCUUGCUUUAGUUUGUCAUUUAAUUUCACAUCUAGACUUCAACUAGGCCGUUCCAAGACAUGAAUAGGCUUCAGUCUAAACCAGUGCCGCUUUGACUGUAUCUUUAGAGUCGUCUUGCUGCUAGAAUAUAAAGUAUUGUAGAGCCUUAAACUGGUUUUCAUCAAGUAUUUUUAUCUCCAUCCAGUGCAGUGCCACAGCAUUAUGCUGUCAUCACUGUGUUUCAUGAUGGAGAUGUUGUUUUCAGGAUGAUGUGCAGGAGAAAAAUAUCAGAUAAUGAACAUUUUGGGCACAGAGAUUGCUGUCUACGUGGUUUGUAGUGAUAGUAAAAACUGCAAACAAUAGCUUCCUUCUUGCUGAAAUGUGGUUUCUACUUUUUGGAAACUUCUUGGAAUACUCUACUUUGUUUAGACGUAUUACAGGAAAGGGGGAUGACUUUUCUGUUUUUUAUCUGUCAAAUAUUGUGAAAGUGAUUCAUAAUUUGCUUCUACUUUGCGGUGAUGCAGCUUUUUGCUGUCGCAUUAAAUCCCAUUGAAAUACGUUUAAAAUUGUUGUGAAAUGACAAAAAAGUAUGGAAACCUAACAGGGGCAUGGAUGCUUUUUACAAGGCGCUGUAUGUACAGUGAAUGUUACAGGCUAUUGAACUAAUUAUGUGGAGCAGAGUGUUACAGGCGGCCUGUGUAGCAGUAAAAAACUCCGGUGUCCAACUGUUUCAUCCGUCUGUUAAGUUUCAGAGACCUGCCGGCCGGUGUGAAUGUGUUGCCUUCUUUCUUUGUCUCUUCCAUUCUUUCUUUCGCUCUUUCUUCCUUUCUGUCUUCCAUUCUUCCUUUCUGUCUUCCAUUCUUUCAUUCCUUCUUUCUUUCUUUCUUUCUCUCUUUCUUUCGUUCUUUCUUCCUCGUUUUCUCCAAGUAUUGUGAAUGUACAUUUUUGUGCGCAUGAAUGUGUGAACUUUAAUCUCCUUCACGUCGUGCGUGACUUUUUGUUUUCUGCAUUUCUGUAUCUAUGGCUACCACCGAUGUUUCGCCCAUCUUCCCUUUCAGCAAUUCCUCUUUUCCCUGCUUCUCUUUGUCCCAAAGCCAAAAACUGCUCUCACUUUUGCUUUAUUAUUAUUAUUAGUUUUGUUUUUCAAAAUGGCUUUUCUUUCUUAUUGCUGUCUUUUUUAAUUAUUAUAUUAAUUAUUAUUAUUGUAAAGUGUAUCUGGGGGAUUAAAAACCUUUAUGUGUAAAACUAUAACUAUACCAUUAUAGGUCUGUUACAGCCGGUUGUUAGGAAACUUGGUGAACCAGCAGCUGAAUUACCUCUCACUUCAAACACGCAGCACUCACUGACUCUCCCCUUUGCUCGCUCCUCUCCUCCUCCUCCCUCUCUGUCUCUUUCUCUGAACCACACAUGCACACACAAAGAGGGACGGUUUGUCGCCUUUCUUGUACAGCGAUCUGAAGACGGGCCGGUUUGCUUGUCUGUGCAGUAGAGUCGGUGUGUAGUGACGCUUUGUGCACCCAGGGGUACGGCUGUUCCUGGUCACUCUUAUCUUUUACUCUGUGCCAAAAAUGUAGUGCAACAGCCGGGCUAGUCCCCCGUCUGGUCUGAUUCCAAUAAAACACUGAGCUGUCGACAUCCA